CCUUAGGUAUACUUCCAACAUCAUUGAUUUUUUCACUUAGUCACUUUUUGCACAUUUGCAACUAUGUUGUGAUGUAUUCAUGUAAAAAUUGACCAAGUCAAAAAAUAAAACAAUAAUACCUACCAUAACAUAAGUAACAUAUACCUAACAUAAGUGUGGCUUGAUUAGAAAACGAUGUAAGUAUAAUUUUUUUCCCUUUCUUCUGUGAUUAAAUAUUCAGUAUUUAGAUCCAUAAUGUAUAAUCUCUUGUAAAACUAUAAUGACUAUAUAACUGUAUUCUUUACUACUUUGGGUUGUUUGAACUUUAAAUAACUAAAUAGUAACCUAAAAUGUAUAUUGCUUAUAAAUGUGUACCUAUUAAUUAUUAACAACACAAAAUAAAAUACAUUUUUAUAGUAUAAUAAUAAUAAUAAGUUUGUUCCAACACGCGGUCAAACUAUCAUAGAACGUGAGCAUCCUCUCACUAAAAAAUUCUACUGUGCGAUAGUUUGACUGUGUGUUGGAACAAACCUAAUAUUAUAAUUUAUAAAUAUCUAGGUUUUAAUUAAUUCAUUGAAAUGGCUUGAUAGCUGGGAAAGUAAAAUUUUAACAGGAGAAGUUACAGACAAAUUAUUCUUGACCAGAAGUACUGCAGAAGGUUUGCGAGUUACUCUUAAUUCCACUAUAGCUAUGACAAACUAUUUAGUUGAAAAGUUUGAAUUUAAAUAUAUCUUAACUGGAAAAAUAAAUCAAGAUUCACUUGAGAGAUUUUUUGGAACAGUUCGGAUGGCUUCUGGUGCAAAUGACCAUCCAGCAACACCAACUUUUCUACAAGUUUACAAACUACUUUCUAUAUAUGCAGUUAUAAAACCACCCAAAUACGGUAACUGCACAGUUGAUUCAGCUGAUCCAUCAGCUCAUUUAAUAAAAUUAUCAGAUAUUAAACAAAUAUAUACAAAUACUACAGAAUCAAAAAUUCCAACUGCACUACAAAAUUUAAAAAAUAAAUUAGAUAAUUUGAUUGAUGAUGGAAGAUGGGAAUUUGUUGACAUAGAAGAACAUGAUUAUGCGGGCGAUUAUGACUACAAAUGCAAUAAUUGUAAUAACAUCGGAGAUUCUGAAAAUAAACAUCAGAUAAUAGUGGCAAAUGAGUAUAUAGUAAUUCAACUAAAACUAUUUAUUCCAACAUUUGUAAAUGGUCAAUUUGUUCCCAAAAAGAUAACAGAUCUACAACUUAGUGGCGUACCCACCUCUAUUUUGGAAAUUGCUGGAGCACAAUACAAAACUCAAUCUGCAAUAUUACAUAUGGGAGAAAACACGAGCUCUGGCCAUUACAUAGCAUACCUGAGACAAGGAACUUCAAAUUGGGUUUGCGCUAAUGACACAACAGUUGCAGAAAAAAGAUGGCCAAACAACAGCAAGGAUAUUCAAAAUAUUGAAUCAAUUUAA